UCCAUCACCCAGCUGACAUCCACCUUCGCUACAACCUACUACUACAAUAUCAUCAUCAUAAUAAUCUAAUAAUCAUCAACCACCACCACCAGCAAUCAACAUGAAGUUCACCACCGCCGCCAUCGCCACCAGCGUUGCUGCUCUUGCUGCCGCCAGCCCCCUCCAGACCCGUGCUGACGACACCCCUCUCUUCUGGACCUCGCAGCUCUUCGCCCUCGCCCCAGGCACCGACUUCGACGGCAAAUACCUCCAAGCCGCCAGUGGCGGGCUGCUCAUCGGCCUGAAGGACCAGGGCGCCUCGUGCGGCCCCGAUCCGCGCAACUACGCAACCUUUGUCUUCGGCAACAACACGCUCUCGCUCUACACGGACAACCCGCCACAGAACUUCUACACCGCGCCGGGUGGCAUGGGCCAGGGCAACAUUCGCUACACCACGGGCGUCGAGCCCGCCCCGAGCAACACCCUCCGCGACGGCUUCUUCAUCGACAACCACGGCACCCUCAAUAUCCAGUUCACCCCUACCGGCCCAGUUUACGGCCUCCAGGCUUGCCCCAUGUACAAGGCCCCCGGCCAGUACUCCGUCUGGAUGGAUGAAUUCGAGCACCCUGCCGGCCAGAACUGCACAAAGUUCCAGGCUCGCGUCUCUAAUGACUUCAACCCGGAGAAGUGCCAAUACACUGAGUAAAGAGCGAGAUAUGUACAUUUUACUCUUGUGUUUUUUUUUGUUUUUCUGGCCUGAACAAAAUAAAAAAAAAGUUUGUGCUUGAAAGCUAAAAAAUGGGGUAAAUGCAUUUGAUGGAAGCGUCCUUUGUACAUAUGUGGAGGCCGUAGGACACCUCUUUUUCUUCUUCUUUCUUGCUAGAUAUGAUAUGACAAAAUGAAUAGACAUGGUACUUUCGUCA